GGUGGUGGUUUUUUUUUUGGGGGUAGGCGAAGGCUCUUCGAGCUCUUUCACAACGUGGACCGCGUCUCCUGUGGGCUCCGUCCCUCCCAACCGCGGCUGACGCAGACCUUCUCCCCCCGCCUUGCGUUGGAUGCCUGCCCUGGAUGACUGCGCUAAUUGCUUACGUCGAAAAAAUAAUGAGGAGGAUGCGGGUGGUGUAUUUUUAGACGUCUCUCGGUGGGAUUUAGCAACCGGCGAUGCGGAGCUGGCAUCUCCGGAGCCGGCUUCCCCAUCCCCGCGGCGACGCUUGGUGGCCCUUGGGGACGUCGUGCGCCGAGAGGUGCCUCCGCUUGGGCGGGCGCCCCGCUUUCGGGCUCCUCCUGGGCCCGAAUAUCUGCAAAAAAAGGGCUUCCCCGAGCCGCCCGGCGUCCGGCUUUGGUUGUGCCGCACGGGAUGCUCGUGGGAGGCUGAAUCCUGGCGGCGGCGAGUCGCGGCGGUUCCCAGAUCCGCUGGAAACGGCGCGGAAUCGGUGCAUUUGGACCCGGAAUCUCGGAGUCUCGUUAAGCGUUACCCCGAAGCUUGUUGGAGCCGGGCAUGGCCCCAGGCAGUUCCCUCGCUCCUGUUUGCAGCUUCCACGCCGAGCCCUUUGUGUCUCGCUGGCUUCCUGCGCCGAGGGGAGGCUGGAAUUCGGCUCGUCCCUCCCAGCGCUGGGUGCAAGGAGUGCAAUUAUUCUCACAGCCUGGCUUAGCUGCCCUUGGAGCUGAAAGCAUCCUUUCUUUUCUGUUUAUGAAACCCCGAGUGGACGAUUUCUCCUGCUGCUCACCAUCAGCUUCCACAGCGAGGGCUGUGGGAAAGUUUCGCAACGAUAGGGACUUUAAUAGAUCUGUUUUAUGUCUCAGAACCCCUUGCUUUCUAACUCCGUGUCACAUGUUUCCUUGAUUACGUCUUGCACAGCGGUGUGGCUACCAAAACAAGCCGGGCGAUCCGAAGGAAAUCGUCAGGAGUUAUUUUUUUUUCCCCGAUUCGAGGCCAUUCCCUCCUCGCCGGGCAGCGUUCGCCCAGCUCGGCUGGGGGGUGCCAGGGUGCACGGGCUUCACCCGCCCCGGCCUCGCAUCGCAUCCUCGCGACGCUUCCCCGGGCAAACAACCACCGAAGGCUCACACGAGAGGCUCCACACCUGUUUUAAAGGAAAAAAAAAAAAAAAAAAGAAUAAUCAUCCUCGUGUGCUGCUCGUGCUUUGUGUCAGCAAAGCGUUCCCGGCCGCUGGAGCGGGCGCAUCCCUGCCCCUCGCACCGCGCGCCGGCUGCGGCGAGCGCCUCUCGCACACGGCUCUUGCUUUGGGCGGUGCUUUGCCCCCAAAAAGCCAUUUCUUAGGGACUUUCUGCAAAUUCUGUGGGUUUUGUGUAGUUUUUAGAGCUGCGUGCUGUGCCCGGAGGUCUUCCCGCCUGGGGAGAGACCCCGCGGCGACGCGUAGCCUCAGCACUUUUUUGGGUGUUCUUGGUGAGCGAGAGGAAACGAGGCGUGCCUGUGGUCGAGCUGUUGAUUUAAGAAUAAUGCAGCCUCUGACGAAACAGCAAGUAAUUCCUCGUGGAAAAUAAUCCUCAUCGAUGUGUCACGGCUUUGGAGCACAAUGCUGGGCUGGUGCAAACGCUUCUAAGCCAACGUAGCCGGGCACCUCGGCGUGCGCCCAAGGGGCUUCGCUGCUCACCCCGGAGCAUCGGGGGCUCUCCUGGCAUCACCGCUGCCCCAAAGCAGCCUUCAGGCAGCGGCCCCGUGCCGAAGUCCCUCUGGUGGCUCUCGGUGCUCCCUGGGGUGAAAGCCAGCCUCCCGCUGGGGCGAGCGUUGUCGCGGGAGGUCCCAGGGGCUGGGUACGGAGACGAGUGCCCGCGUGCCGGGAGUCCGUCGGCCAGCACGUGCUUACCUGCUGGCACAGCUUUUUGGUACAACUCGUGCCCGGGGAGUCCCUGAGGCACGGGGAGAGGUGUGGUGAUGACCCGGGGGGGGGCUCGGCGAGGCGAGAGCAUCCCCUGUGGCCGUCACCCUGCUGCCGGGCAGGACUCCGGGGACACGGCACGGGGCUGCGUGCGCUCGUGGUGGUGGUUCGGCGGCGCUGAGCCUGGGUGGCCCCUGGGAAGGGAUUUUCCGCUCUGCAUGCUUGAGAUGUUCUCUAAACUUCCUGCAGGGCCAGCAGAACCAGGGCUCUCCAGCUUUUAACCCUUUCCCCUGCCUCCUGCCCGCUCUCUCCCCAGCUCUGCUGCUCCUGCCCCGGGGACGAUGACGACCGACGAGGCCACCAAGCCCGAAGGGGAGGUGCAGGCGGCCGCCCUGGCCGAGCGCGGGGAGGACAUCACGCCCGCUCGGGACCGCGGCGUGCUGAAGAUCGUUAAGAGGCCGGGCAACGAUGACGAGACUCCGAUGAUCGGGGACAAGGUUUAUGUCCACUACAAAGGGAAGCUGGCCAACGGCAAAAAGUUCGACUCCAGCCGCGAUCGGAACGAGCCCUUCGUCUUCAGCCUGGGCAAGGGCCAGGUGAUCAAGGCGUGGGACAUCGGGGUGGCUACCAUGAAGAAGGGCGAGGUGUGCUACUUGCUGUGCAAGCCGGAAUACGCCUACGGGGCCGCCGGCAGCGCCCCCAAAAUCCCUUCCAACGCCACCCUCUUCUUCGAGGUCGAGCUGCUCGAUUUCAAAGGCGAGGACCUGUUUGAGGACGGGGGGAUAAUCCGCAGGAUCAAGAGGAAAGGGGAAGGCUACUCCAACCCCAACGAAGGCGCUACGGUGGAAAUUCACCUGGAGGGCUUCUGCGGCGGCACCCGCUUCGACUGCAAGGACGUGAAGUUCGUGGUGGGCGAAGGGGAGGACCACGACAUCCCCAUCGGCAUCGACAAAGCGCUGGAGAAGAUGCAGCGGGGAGAGCACUGCGUCCUCUACCUCGGGCCACGGUACGGCUUCGGCGAGGCGGGGAAGCCCAAGUACGGCAUCCAGGCGAACGCGGAGCUGGUGUACGAGGUCACGCUUAAAAGCUUUGAGAAGGCCAAAGAGUCGUGGGAGAUGGACACCAAAGAGAAGCUGGAGCAGGCUGCCAUCGUCAAGGAGAAGGGGACGAUGUACUUCAAGGAAGGGAAAUACCUGCAGGCGGUGAUCCAGUACGGGAAGAUCGUGUCCUGGCUGGAAAUGGAGUACGGCUUAUCCGAGAAGGAGUCGAAAGCCUCCGAUUCCUUCCUGCUGGCUGCCUUCCUCAACCUGGCCAUGUGCUACCUGAAGCUGCGCGAGUACACCAAGGCCGUCGAGUGCUGUGACAAGAAAGUGCUGGAAGUGAACCCGCAGAACAAGGCCGCCAGGUCGCAGAUCUCCGUCUGCCAGAAGAAGACGAAGGAGCACAACGAGCGGGACAGGAGGAUAUACGCCAACAUGUUCACCAAGUUUGCGGAGAGGGACGCGAAGGAAGCAGCUAGCAAAACCGAGGUGGAAAAAGAGGCAGCGAAAGCGGCUUGCGCACAGGGGCUGGAAACGGCCGUUGCUGGAGGCAAAGAGGCCGAAGGCCACGUAUGAUGGAGGGGCAGGAGGAAGGGAGAGCCUCCUGCCCUCAGCCCGCACAGAGAACGGUUUUUGCCAGGACUUAAGGACUCGCCAGUGUUUUCUUGUAAAGCUUGUUACAGUUUGUGUGAUCGUGGAAGCAAAAGCGCCUCGCAAAGAAAAAGAAACCCAGUCCUGCUGCUGCGGGCGCGCUCGCGGCUGGGCGCGAGCAGCGGGACGGCGUGGGACCACCGCAAGCGGAACAAACAGCUUUCCAAAGGAGGAGGGGG